AUGAAAUUCUCUGCCCUUACUCUUGCUGUGCUCGUUGCUGCCUUCAGCGACGUCGCUUCCGCUCAUUACCGUUUUGCUUGGCUGACCGCCGGAGGGGUCAAGGGUGCUGAAUAUGAAAAUAUUCGUCCGAACACCAACUACAACUCUCCAGUUACCGAUACUACCUCGACUGAUAUCCGCUGCAAUGUCGGCGCCACUGGGUCUGCAACUACCAUCAAGACAGUCGCCGCUGGAUCAACUGUUACUUUUGACCUUGAUCAAGCAGUCUACCACCAGGGCCCCAUUCUUUGGUAUCUUGGAAAGGUCCCCUCAGGCCAGACUGCCGCCACCUGGGACGGUUCAGGUGCAAACUGGAUCAAGAUCAAGCAGGAAGGCCCCACCUUCAGCAGUGGUUCUGCUACAUGGCCCAUGUACCAGACAUACUCUGCCUCUAUUCCCUCUUCCAUCCCUAGUGGAGACUACCUCCUUCGUGUUGAGCAAAUCGCGCUCCACAACCCCGGCGGUGCUCCUCAAUUUUACAUCUCCUGUGGCCAGAUUACGGUUACUGGAGGCGGAAGCGCGAGCCCAAGCUACUUCUCGAUUCCAGGACACAUCACUGCAACUGACCCUGGUAUCACAGUUAACAUCUAUAAUGCCUUCACCAGUUACACUUUCCCAGGGCCUGCUGUGUUCUCUGGUUAA